GUCACACUAGACAAUCUUGGAAAGAAAUUGUACGGGGUUUUACAAUCCCAGUCGCACAAAGUACCUCAGACUACAUUUCAUCAAAUGAGAUGAUGAUAGUAAAUGAUGAAUUGGAAAGGAUGUUAAUGGAAGCAGUCAUGGACUGAUUUAAGAUACUAUUCUGGCAUUUGCCUGGUGGGACUGAGGAAAAUCACAAAAACCCAUUCAGAGUAGCUGGUCUCUAGGCUGAUAUUUGAACCCAGGACCUCCCAAAUAUGAAGGUGUGUUAACCAUUUGGCCAUGACAUUCAGUUAAUCAGCCUAAUGCACCCUGAUAGGGAGGAUGAAUCAUUCCUUGUAUCCUGUUAAUAACAGACACAGUGCAUAUGAGCUUUCAAACCAGGGACUACAAUAUGCUAAGAUCAAAGAAUUUAUGUAAGAUGAAAAAGGUUAGUAUGUGUAUUGGUAAAAAAGGAUCAGACUUUUCCAUUUGAAUUUAGGCAAACAUAAAUUGUAAGAUAAAAAGUCAACAAUUUAAAAUCUCAAAAAUACCAAUAUGAAAAAUCCUGUUUGUUCCUAAAAGGCCUCCUAUUGGUGAAUAAAGCAAAUGCUUAUUUUAGUUAGGGGAAUCCCUUCUAUAUAAUCAGCAGAAGAGGAUAUUGUGGCAAACUCUCUAGAUCAGCGUUUCUCAACCUAUGAUGCGUGUAUGACUAGUGGUACGCAAACUAAGUAAGAAAAUCAAAAGAUAAUAUUAACAUAAAUAAGUUUUCCUUGAAAGCAUUUGGUUACUGGUAUUUUAAUAUAUUAAAUUAGUGGUAUGCCAGCAAAAAAGGGUGAGAACCUCUGCUGUUUUAAUAGAAUGCUAUUUCUUGUCUCACAAACAUGCCAAGUUUAACAGAUUCUUAAUAUAAUUUUAGCACUUGUUUUAAACCUUUUAUUUCCAUUUCUGUGCUCAUUUUAUGACCUGAUUUUACUGGUGGUGAAGGUCCAUACAAAACAAUUCAGACACUGAAGACAUAAAUUAUCCAUGUACAAUGCACAUAAUAUAACAGACAGCAAGAUUACAAGAAUUACAUAAUUUCAGUGUGUUCAAAAUAAACUGUGAAAAUUAAUAAGACAUAAAGGAAACUGUCUUUAGGGAACUAGUUGUGCCAUUGAAUGUAGUUAGAUUUCUCAGACUGGUAUAUCUGAUAAUAUGACUUUAUUUUAUUUUUUAGAUUGUUUAAAAUCAAUUGUAUCUCUCUUUAAGUGAAACACUUUAUCAUGCAAAGUAUUAUGUGCAGGAAAGAAUUUUCCACAAAAAAAGAUAAAAAAAUUGGUGACAUAUCACAUUCUCAUGGUAAUGAGUAUGAAGAUAUCUGUCUUCAUGAUGCUACAUAUCAGAAGAAAGUCAUCCUCAGAACAAAAUAUCUCAUUUAGUUAUUAAAAUAUUGUAUUUCUGUAGUUUCAAAGAAAAUUGUUACUGCAGCAAGACAUUGUUUUCUCAUGUCAUUGUGUUUCAGUAAAGGGUUUGAUAAGGGGGUGAUGUAAUAGCAUAUGAAUCUCAUUAUUUAAACUCUAUAAAACAUGUAAAGAUAAUAUAGCUACAUGACCUGUGUGGCCUGUGCAAAUGGACAUGGUUUCAGUUAUGCCUUCUUUCCAUGAAGUCCAGUUGAUUCAAAUCGAAAACCAUUGGAUGGAUUUGUGCUGUUCUGCAUGACCUGAAAAUCAUACCUUUGAAUAUGCUACAUUAUGUGAUCACAAAAUGAUGGAUAAAGAAAGUUAUGAGGUGCUGCAAUGUGGUGGCCAAGUAUGAACUAUCAAGCAAGGCACAUUGCAAAGAAUGCAUGAGGAUACUAUGUGUAUUAUGGUAUGGAAUACACUGUGUAGGAUUACUCAUUGCUCUGAUGAUGGCGGCAGCAUGGAACUCUGAAACGUCGGUAAAUUUCUACCAGACUACAUGGCGCAACAAUCCAGAAGACAGCCAUCUUCAUGGAAUACACUGUCUGAGCUUUUUAGUAAUGUAAUUGGAUCAGUUGUAGUACUGAGAGGGGAGGACAUUGCUAAAAUGUAUAUUUGUUCUGUAAGAUUUUAAGUUUUCACAGUGGUGAGUAUGAAGAUUUCUGCCUUCUGGGUUGUUGAGCUGUGUAGUCUGGUCGAUGUUAACCAACGUUUCAGAGGUCAUACUGCCUCCGUCAUCAGGGCGAUGAAUAUUCAUUAACAUCGACCAGACUACACAGUGCAACAACCCAGAAGACAGAAAUCUUCUAUAUUUGUUCUAUUUAUUAAUGGUUGAUUGUAUUGGGAAUAACAACAUUUAUUGCUUGUUUGAAAACUCUUAUAAAUAAGGGUUCAUAGAGAAGGUUACAAGAAAUAAAAUAUUCUUUCUCACAAGAUUUGAAAAAGUUUAAGCAGACUGACUUCUGUUUUUAAACAUUAAAUGAAUGUAAAACUGAAACUGCACUUAUAUUGUUUGGGAAAAUGAAGUCAAAUUUUUUUCAGAGUAUCUAAGUAUGAUGUUCCUAGUUAUGAGUAUGUGAGAUCAUAUAAAAACAUUAUUGAAAAAGGUACCUGCUGUGUCUGUGGAUGUGGUGUAUUUUCAUCUAAGCACUGAGAUCCACUGCUUUAUGGCAAUUUUCAGGUGAAGGGAAGGAAUGGAAACUACUUGGACAAGAACAAGACGGAAGCCUCUUGGUCAGUUGGUUGACAGAAUUUGAUGUUGAUGAAGGUGUGUCAAAACUGCAAAGCUCUAUUGGACUUUAUCAUCAAAAGAACAAUAUCCUGAAGGUUUUGUAACAAAAGAGAAAGUCUGCCCAUCUCCAAAUGAAAAAACAGACAAAGGAAUGUCAGAUGUAUUUUCCUUGGAUGUGUAUAAAGUUUUCUCAUUGGAUAUAAGAUUGCCAGAGGAACAGAGGAAACCAAAAGAUUUUGGACUUGUGAGAUCCCAGCAGAUUAUGAUUCAGUUCUUGUAUAGAAAGAAAGAACAUGUUGCCACUGAAAAGUUCCUCUUAUUUGUACAUCAAGAAUCUAUCUCACUGAAUCAGGUUCAUCUGAAAGAGGAUGGAAGUUAUGAGAUGGAUUUAUUUGGUUGCUUGAACACUGAGUCAAUGGUUCGAUCAUUUUCAUGGGCACAGUGGGAUUCCAUAAAUCAGUCUCUGUAUUAUAUUCAUUACCGUAAACCUCAGCUUAUUGUUGAGGGUGAAGAACCAGAGGAAGGGAGAGAAGAAGAACUGAAUCCAACUUUAUCUUGCCUUCAGUUUCACGAUGAUAUGCCGCAUGAGACUGUGCUCAAUAUACCAUUAAAUCUACCACAGCUUUCAAAAAAAUCACUGCCAUGUGGUGGAUAUGAGGAUGACCCUAUUCCUCUUCGAGUACAUGAUUGCUCACUUGAUCUUCAGGUGGUGUGUGAUCCCAAAGGUCUUGUCUGCAUCUGCCAUCAUUACUUGUACCAGCCUGUGAAGCCACCAAUGACUGAGGCACGGAAUUUGGAAGAAUUGUCCACUACAGUUCAUUUUGCAUAUUCUGUGACACUGCUUCAUCAUGGCUGUGUAAUUCACUGUGUUGUACCUGGAAUUCUAUGGUCACAGGCUAGAGCAAUGAAGCCAACCUUUGCAUUGUAUGGAGAUCAGCAUAUGAUAGUAUAUGCACCAGGCCUGUUUACACACCUUCUUGAUAUUGGACUGGCUCAUGAACCAUGCUGCCAUAUACUUAUGAGCUGCACUUUGCCAGGCAUUCCAUCAUAUACUUCACAUCUUGUGCCACUGCUACAGUAUGGCAACACUGUUACAGUAGACCUACCAACUUUGGACUUGAUACCACUCACAGUGACUACUGGACACCUUGUAGAAACUUUUAAAUGUGAUCACUCUUUAGAAAACCAGCUUGCAAUACUACACUAUUUCUUAGUUCACCAAGGAGAUUUGGAAACUGUAACAGAGUUGCUGAUGUUUGUAGCAGAGCACCCUGUCAAACUGAGUGUUCCACAGUUGCUACAGGAAGUGAUUAUUGCUGGAGCCUUUGCUGCAGCACAGAGAAAUCUCCCAGCUGAUGCAAUGUCACUUGUUGCCCUGCUGCCACUAAGUACCAUCACUCAUGUAUUUGAGUUGGAAGUCAAAGUGAAUCGCCAGAGUAUGUCCCUUAAUCAAGAAACAUUAUGGAAUACUGAGAUGAUGUUGUUGUCACCACAGCAGAGGUUGGUUCCAUAUCGUGUAGAUAUGUGGACUAGGCUUUGGGAUCAGCUGACGAGGAGGACAGGCAAGGAGCAGAGACCAAGAUUCAGACCCAGUUUAGUGGCUGACAAACUCAUGGUCUCUCUCGUAUGUUACCAGCCAGAGGCAUUAUCACGCUCCAGCACACCUCUUUCACCAGGAACAAGUUUGGUAGGCUCAGGUACACUGGCUGAUCUGGCUGCGAUUGCAGGAACACGGAAAGUUUCAGGAAUGGAUGUGUUGCCAUUUUAUGAGGUUGAAAGCUGUACAGCCAGCAAACAGGAGCAUGUAAUUUCUGUGAACCUGCGUGAGUUAAGCAUGCAUCUUCUAAAGAACAGCAGUAAGCAGUCACCAAUGCAUGUGCAUGUAGUGGCCACUCGCUAUGUAGCAGCUCAGUUGGAGAUGUCCAAGCACUUAUGUCAGCUGCUGUGUCAAUGUGCUGCUGUUGAUCCCCACCAGGAACAAGAGCGAGGAUUUGCACUCGUAGAUCAACUAGAUGAAGAAAGACGUUAUGUUCUGUUCUCUCUCCUGGAACGUUAUUACUUCGCUGUUGGCUUAAUGGCAUUUCCCUUGCCUCAAGGAUUUACAUCAUUCUUCACAUAUCUGGGUUAUCGAACGCUGUCUUUCUCCAUGUUCUUGCAGUAUCUCCAACGGAAUGUAUUUGAAUUGCAGGUUGAUGUAAUGAAGAUAAUCAUGGCAGUAUCUGAACUGCUGUGGAUUCUUGUGUUGGUAUGUAUGAUCAUGUUCCUUUUAUCUGACAAUGUAAGUCACUUGGAAUGGACUUCUACAGAUACAGAAGACACACAGGAGGGUGUCAAAAAGAAACUUCGAUUACUUUUGUUUCUGCCAAGAUCCCGAGCCAAACGUUUACUCAAUCAGUGGUCACAUCCAGUAAGUCUGAUGAUCCGAGCUCGGGAGCAUGCACUGAAUAUCUUAUCAGGAGUAGAGGGUACUCAGGGAAGAGGACAUCCAGCACACAAAGCAAAAACUGCACAUGUCAGCACUAGAGGCCUUGCAGCAUUUCCUUCUGCUGAUAGACUGUCUCCUCUUGAUACAUUUCUUGAUUUACUUACAGCAAAAGCAAGUUUAGCUGAACUAGACUUUGGAUUGUUGAUUGAAGCCACAAUUACAUCCACCGAUGAAUUCUUGGGGUGAACUACAGUUAUGACACUAGCAGUUAUUCCCAUUUUUAAAAAUUUUAUAAUUGUAUGUUUCACCUUAUUUCAUUGAAUGUUGUGUGAAAUCUGUUUUAAUAUAGUACAAACACAAAUUGUACAUUUAAUUUAGUAAUAAUGUUCAAGGAAUCUUGUUUCUUUCUGUGAAAUCUAGUUGUAUUGUUGGCUGUUUCAGUAUUAAUGUUGAGUAUUCAUAUGCUGUAUGUUUUAAUCAUAUUUUCUAAAGAGUUAUAUUUUAUCAGCUUCCUUAAAAUGUAUUUAAUGGACAUAAAUAUGAAGUAAAAUGUGAAUUCAUGGAAAGAAAUGAUGGAAUGAAUGAUAACCCCUUCUAACAUACAUUAUAUUUGAACUCUUGCACAGGAAAACGUUUGUGUGCCAUAGAAUAUAACACCACCCUAUUCGAUAUGAAAAUUAAAGGAUUAUCAGUAGUAUUUAUUUCAUAUAUAAUAUGCAGGACAUUUAUCCAAUUUAUUCAUGAAAUGGUACUUAAAUAUUUACAUAAGUAGGAUUUUUGCUCAAAGCCUGUAUGAGAGAGUAUGAACACAAAAAACUGCACACUGUUCAGCUGUAAUCCUUCGUCACUACAUAUAACCAUCAGAUGAACAAAGUUUACCUCAGAUUGGGUUUUAUGUCAGUCGUGUAGCAAAACAUAGGAAGGCGUUUCACUUAAACUGUUCUUUUGAUGCAGAUCUGAACUGUGUAGUUUACUAUUCUAGAUUAAACCCAUGUAAAGACAUGAUACAAGUAACCAGAAAUCUGGUUACAUGAAGAUCAUUGAACAGAGCAGUGCAGAAUGUACAGUCUUUGCAACUGCAAAUGACCAAAAACUAUUAUGGGAUAGGUCAAACAAAACAUGGCUUGGGCAGUGCUGUCUUGUUUUUGCUCUUUGCUUCUACAAAUAAUCCUGUUUCCUGAUUAUGGAAUGCUGUUUUUAUUUGAUAUGUUUAUCAUGAGGAUAUGCUAGUACUGCAUGUCACAGAACCAUUCUGUGAAAUGACAUAUUACUGAAUAUAGAGGAAGGUAUAAUACAAGCUGACAGACAAAUUAAUAAGCAAGUAGAUGGUAAAUUAAUGAAAGGAGACUGGUGAACGAGCAGUCUGUGAAGGCCCCUGCCUUCACAUACCCCCAGAAGAUAAUUGAGGUUUGUUAAUUUGUGUGCCCGUUGUUGUCUGUAAAUUAAAGCUUUAACAUAGGGUGUAUGUUUUUGGUCUGAACUUAAUGAAGUCUCAGUAGCCCUCAAGAAAUAAUGGCAGUGUUGUUUACCAUUGAAGAGGCAACCAGAAAUUGAUAACCUUCAAUGAAAAGGAUGAACUAGUCCUUGGGGUUUAUUAAGUCUGAAAAAGUACUAUGUAUGUACAUGUUUUUUUUAAACUAACAUUAAUCAAAUUAAUUAACAUAAGAUUUGCGUAACACCCCUUUCUUAACUGUAAUGGUAUUUGUACUAUCAAGAUUCACUUAUAGUAAACUACAUAGUCUACAUGUAGCCUGUAAGAUCAGUUUAAAUGAGAAAUUUGUGCACAGAGGCUGUUCUGGCUGAUACUUAAGCUGUUUUUUUGUAGGUACAUGGGAACAAAUUUGUUUGCAUAAAAUAGACACAGUGUGUGAAUUCUUUGUAUUUCUCCUGACAUUGUGCAGUGGGCACCUGAGAACCUGAGGAUAGUUGUAACAGUCUAGUCCACGACUACUAUACAUACAUCUUUUCUCCUGGCUAUUGAGCAGGUGGGAUUGGUAUUUGCACUUCUUGCUUUCUGAAGCAUAUUGCAGUCUGUUUUGCAUUCACUGUGUGUUAUAUGUCAUUAAACUGUUACUAUUAUCUUAUGGAAAAUAUAAGCUUGCAGUAUGAAAAUGAUGACUUCUUGAAGCAUGUAGCAACUACCAGUCCCAAAUAUGUUCUCAUAUUACCACUUAGCCUGUGAGCCAGGUCAAAUAACAACACAACAUAGAGGUUAGAAACCUUAACAAAAUAUAGGCUUUAAUUUUAUUGAUGGUUGUAAUGUGUAGACAUACAUUUGUUCUUUUUUAUUGUGUUUGCAAGUAAUAUUAUUUUUACACAUAAUGAAUUGAAUUUAGUCACUUACAAGUGGGGUUAUCUGUAAAAAAGUGCCAUUUAUUUUUGUACUUUUUUAUUUACUUUGGGGUACACUUCAUGAUGUGUACCCACUUUACUUCAUGUGUUGCAAGGGGAAGAUUGGCUCAAUGCCUGUGAAAUUAUUUACAGCAAAAACUACAAGAAAAUAAAGAAAACUAGGAGUUAAGUAGUAUUCUUCCGGACACGUUUAAUUUUUUAUGUUAAUCAUCUGUGAUUAAUAAUUCAUUUUCUGAAAUUUAAAGCAUCAUGCUUAUCUUGUAUUUCAAAAUAUAUUUGUACUUCUUAUAUAACAAAUCCAUGAACAAUAAGAUUCACAUAUAUAAUAAUAGUUUUGGAUGGGAUUCUAAUCUAGUAUAAUGUGGAUAAAAACUACUGACCCAUGAAUUUGCAGCUGUUUUAGUGUGACAAAAUCAAAGAAACUAAGCCUUUAUUCUGUUGAAAUUUAUAAACUAUGGAAACAUAUCAUUGAAAAUGCAAUAUUAAUGUGUCAUAUUUGAGUCAUGAAACGUGGUAUCAAAAAUGAAACAUCUUUCCAAACAAAUUUUAGAAAGAGAAAAAUUACUAGGGGUAAAAUCUACUACUCAUUUAGUCUGCACUUGUUUUGAGCCAAAAACCGAUUAUGUUCUUCACUAUACAUUUCAAAACUGAUGGAAGGUAUUUAUCCUUUUAGUGUGAUUUCUAUCUUGCUCUUUGUUCAGAAUUUAAAUCUUCUGUUUAUAAAUGCCAAUAAAGCUAAACAAUUACAUAUAUUUUAGUAAUUUAAAUUUACUGCUUACAGUAAGCACAUAAAUAUUUUUGCUUCUUUAUAACACACAUGAGCUGCGAUGGUCAAUGUGCUAAAUUCUUAUUAGAGUUUUAAAGUAUGAAAUCAGGAACGAUUCCAAGAUUAAUUUCCAAGAGAAUCAUCAGUAUGUUGAGUUAUCAUCAUUUUCUGAAGAAAUUUCACCACAGAUUUAUACUAGUUAGUAUAUACAAAAUUGUCUUUCAUUCUAGGGUUGUAUUUUUAACCUAAGUUCUUAUAUUGAUUUAAACUUGGCAACUUGGACAGUUCAUGUGCAAUAUAAUUAAUUUGUGAUGAUGUAGCUACCUUAUACCAAAUGGUUGGUCAUGUUUUUCUUUUGCUAGUAGCAUGAUAAAAGUAGCAUUCAUGUUAAAUUUACAGUAUGAUUUACUAUUUCUGGUGGUUAUGUCAUUGAAGUGAGAAAUUUUGAACAGAAUUUAGACAUGCCACCAAAUAAUUCUGUGGAGGACAUCAAUGAAUUAAUGUUAUCAUUGUCAAAAUAAGUGUUACCAUUAUAUGUAUUAUUUCAAUUUUAUUGAAAAGUGCACCAGAAUGAUAUGCAUUUUAGGAAUGUUUGUAUGCAUGUGCAUAUACAUAUAAUUUGCAGUUCCUUUACAAAUGAACUCCAGCAUGUGAACCUGUACUUCAUUUUUACUGUUAACAAAAGAUGGUUCAAGUUUUAAUGUUGUGGAUGCUCGUUAUGAACUGUAACUGUUCAUCAGUGUGUAAGUUAAUAACAAAGCUCCAUUUUCUGAAUUUUCACAUACAAAUGAGACAGGAAACUGGACAGCAUGCCAAUAUUCGUAAUUUAAAUAAUUGUUGGUAAUAAAAGCUAAUGCUAAUCACUGAUAAAGGAGGUUUCUUUGGCUAAUGUAUUUGUAAUGUUACUGCCAUGAUAGAUUACCAUUUUGUCCCUCCCCAGCACAUUGAUUAAUACACAGGAAAUGAUUAGCAUUCGAGAUACUCCUCCAUUUUUUGUUUCUAAAUUGGUGUUACUGUACACUUGAAAAAGUAUGAUGUGGGUUUGAACUGCAUAAGCUGAGUUUUAUGUCCCAUUAAAAAUGUUUAACUGUAGGUACAACAUCCCUGUCUGAUUCAGAUACAGGCAAAAGGUGUACUCAGAGUACAUACAAGAACAGUUUCAAUUUCACUGUAUGCAUUUCCUGGUGUAAUUUUAUCAGUAUUUUUACUGUAUUAUGAAGCUAAUUAGUUUUAAUUUUUUAACGCUCUAAACACACAAGAAAUGUGAAAUGUUUUGAAUAUAAGUGGACUAGCGUCCCCUGUACUUCAGACACUGUAAAGAGAACAAAACUAAAUCUUAGAUCUCAUCUUUUUUUAUGAGCUUCUGAAUUUGAUGUAUUUGCCUCAAUGUUAAUGUGACCCCAGCAUUCACAUCAGUUGUAAAAAAUAUUAUCAGAUAGUUUCUGAAUACAAUGAACAUUUUUUGGAAAUAUGAACAUAAUAUGCAGUAAAUUCUGGGGGCUUCAGAGGUAAGAAAUAUGCAUUAUACUCUGGCAAAUACAGUAUAAUGUUUACAUGUUACAAAUUGCUCGGUAUUUAGUUUAUGUGCAGGUUGACUACUUUGAUAUUACCAGAUGUUGGUACUUUUGUUUUUUGCAAAAAAAAUAAAUUCUCUUCCAAAUGUCAGUAACCAUAUAUUACACUGUCUGAUAAUAAUUAAAAUAUAAGAUGAUGUAUAUGUAAUACUUUACAACUUGGUGUUUAUAAUGUUUGAAGGAUUUUUAGAAAAAUUCAGUGUAAUGUACUUUACAGUCCAUACUUCAGAUGGCCAUCUGUUAUUGCACAUUUCAUAAUAUAAUAUUUCCAAGGCUGUACAGUCACUUUGGCAAGUUUUGUUUCAGUACACUGUAAUUUGCCCAGGUCCAAAAUGUUAUUUGUUAGAAUAAAAUCAGUUUUAUGCAAAGAAUAAAGAUUCGUCAGAGGGAUAGAAAAUUAUAAGUAAAAAAAUUCUGUGUUAAAUUAGAAAAAUUAUGUUUUUUUUAACUCAGGGGCUAAUGUAGCAAAUCUAGUAAUAAUGUUUUUAAGUUCUCCCCAGAAAUGUAUAACAGACAGGUGGUCAACAUAAUCAUACAAUAAAGUGAGUAAUGAUAACACUUUAUACUUAUUUUAAAUAAAGUGUAUGUGGAAUUAA